GUUCUUUUGUUCUUUUUUUUUUUUUUUUUUUUGAGACAGUUUCGCUCUUGUUGCCCAGGCUGGAGUGCAAUGGCGCAAUCUCGGCUCACUGCAACCUCUGCCUCCCGGAUUCAAGGGAAUUACAGGCGCCCGCCACCACACCCAGCUAAUUGUUUGUAUUUUUAGUAGAGAAGGGGUUUCACUGUGUUGGCCAGGCUGGUCUCGAACUCCUGACCUCAGGCGAUCCACCGCCCUCAGCCUCCCAAAGUGUUGGGAUUACAGGCGUGAGCCACCGUGCCCGGCUAGCUUGGAGGGUUCUUCACUUCUCCCUUUCGUCUUACUUAUAUAUGGUCUAGCAGAUCGCAUUAGCCCUGUCUUCAAAACACAUCCAGAAUCCAACCACGCCUCACCAGCUCCUUUGCUACCACUCUGGCCUCAGUUUGUCUCCUGCUCUUACCUGGUUUGUUGCAGUGGCCUUCCAGGUGGGCUUUCUGCCUCUCACUGUUAGGGGGAUACUAGUAGAACAGAAGUCAGGUCGGGUUGCUCCUCCUUUCACACUCUCUCCUGGCUCCCACCUUACACUGCAAAAGUCUUCACCAUAUCCACGAGGCCCCAACCUAUUGGGUUCCUCCUCCUCCCUCCCCUCAACUCCUAUCACUUCUCUCAGUCACCUGGCUCACUCUGCUGCAGCCACCCGGGCCUCCUCGCUGUCCUUUGAACAUAGCGAACACAUUGCCAUCUCAGGGCCUUUGUACUCGCUGUCCCUGAACGCACUGCUACCUCAGGGCCUUUGUACUCACUGUCCUGUCCUUCUGGAUCAGGUCUUCUCAGGUGUCUGGCUUCUUCCGCACCUCUUUCAGGUCUCUGCUCAGAUGUCAGCUUCACAACCAGGCACUUGCUGACUACUCAAGCUAAAAUAACUCCUGUCGCCGUGUGGCCCCUCACUUGGCUUUAUUUUUCUUCAUAACACCACUACCUGAUACAGGUUAUUAUUAUUAUUAUUUUUGAGCGGACUCUUGCCCGGUCACCCCGGCUGGAGUGCAGUGGCGCGAUCUCGGCUCACGGUAGCCCCCACCUCCUGGGUUCAAGUGAUUCUCCUGCCUCAGCCUCCUGACUAGCUGGGAUUACAGGUGUAUGCCAGCAUGCUCAGCUAAUUUUUACAUUUUUAGUAGAGAUGGGGUUUUGCCACGUUGGCCAGGGUGGCCUUGAACUCCUGACCUCAGGUGAUCCACCCAGCUCAGCCUCCCAAAGUGUUGGGAUUACAGGCGGAAGUCACCACGCCGGGCCUAUUAUUAUUUUUUGAGAUGGAGUCUCGCUGUGUCACCCAGGCUGGAGUGCAGUGGCAUCAUCUCAGCUCACUGCAACCUAUGCCUCCCACGUUCAAGUGAUUCUCCUGUUUCAGCCUCCCAAGUAGCUGGAAGUACAGGUAUAUGCCACCACGCCUGGCUAAUUUUUGUAAUUUUAGUAGAGAUGGGGUUUCACCAUCUUGGCCAGGCUGGUUUCGAACUCCUGACCUCAAGUGAUCUGCCCACCUCAGCCUCCCAAAGUGCUGGGAUUACAGGCAUGAGACACUGUGCCCAGCCCUCACAUCAAUUAUUGUUGGUUUAUAUCCACUGGGCUUCUUGGACCUCCCCAUUAGAGUGUUUGACUCCAUGUGAAUAUGGAACCCGGCACCUAGAAGAGCACAUGGUGUUUAAAAAGUGUUGCUUCUCCUAUACCGUCCUCACCACCCUUUGGGGUCUCCCUGUGGCAUGGGGCGGGGUUGCUGAACUAGGAGGGUCAUAUGUGGGGUGGUGGGGUCAGAGGUGGGGGAAUAAACUGGGCAGAUUGUGGUGCCCAAGGGCAGAAGGAACCUUUAGUGUCUGAAGGAACUUGGAGGAAAUGGAGAUUCCUGGGCCCACCCCUAGAGUUUCUGCUUGUGUAUGAUUGAGACCCGACCUAGGAAGCUGCAUUUUCAUAAGCACUUGUGGUAAGGAUUAUGUUCCUUGGCCAUCACUGUGAGAAACACUGUUAGGCUGGUUCAGAGUUUGCUGGGGCCACUGUGGUGAUUGAGACAGCUCCUGACCCAGCCUGGGAGUCAGGGAGGGCUUCCUGCUGGAGAGGGGAUUGGAGCUGAGACCUGGAGGAUGACAGGGAAUGAGCUGAGGGGAGAAAACCUUGGCUGUAUCCCCAGUGUCUAGAACCCCAUUCACUGGCAUCUCCCAUUAAAUUCACAAGCAGUCCCUGAAGAUACAAGAUUGAUUAAAAUGGCUCUGCCCUCACGGGCUCCUGGUCUGUCAAAUAAUCAACAGAUCACACAGAUGGUAACAGGGAGUGCCAGACACUGUUUGAAGCACCUUACAUACAUUAAAUAAUUUAAUUCAACAACAACCCUAUAAGGUAGGAGCUCUUAUUAUCCCACUUUACUGAUGGGGGAAGGCCCAGAGAGGGCAAGUGCUUUGCCCAAGGACACACCAAGGAUAAAGGCAGCUGGAAUCUGAACCCAGAAGUACCCAGCCUGCAGCAUGUGCCAUGCUUAAGUGGGAUCCUAGACAAGCCUCAGUUUCAUCCUCUGUAUAAUGGGGAUGGUUAUAAUACCCACCAGAGAGCAGAAUUUAAGCAACCUUGGCCAUGGACCAGCCGGCCGGCCUGCAGGUGGACUACGUCUUCCGGGGUGUGGAGCAUGCCGUGCGGGUGAUGGUUUCUGGGCAGGUGCUGGAGCUGGAGGUGGAGGACCGGAUGACGGCUGACCAGUGGCGGGGCGAGUUUGAUGCUGGCUUCAUUGAAGAUUUGACUCACAAGACAGGGAACUUCAAACAGUUCAACAUCUUCUGUCAUAUGCUGGAGUCAGCCCUUACUCAGAGUAGUGAGUCAGUCACCCUGGACCUGCUGACCUACACAGACCUGGAGUCCCUGCGGAACCGCAAGAUGGGGGGCCGCGCAGGCUCCCUGGCUCCCAGAUCGGCCCAGCUCAACUCCAAGCGCUACCUGAUCCUCAUCUACUCCGUGGAGUUUGACAGGAUUCACUACCCGCUGCCCCUCCCGUACCAGGGCAAGCCAGACCCUGUGGUUCUGCAGGGCAUCAUCCGGUCACUGAAGGAGGAACUGGGCCGCCUGCAAGGGCUGGACGGCCAGAACCCUCGGGACACCCGGGAGAAUGAGAUCUGGCACCUGCGGCAGCAGGUGUCGCGCUUGGCGUCCGAGAAACGGGAGCUGGAGGCGCAGCUGGGCCGAUCGCGCGAGGAGGCGCUGGCCGGGCGCGCGGCGCGCCAGGAGGUCGAGGCGCUGCGCGGGCUGGUGCGCGGGCUGGAGCUGGAGCUGCGGCAGGAGCGCGGCCUCGGGCACAGGGUGGCCGGCCGUCGCGGCCAGGACUGCCGCCGUCUGGCCAAGGAGCUCGAGGAGGCAAAGGCAUCGGAGCGGAGCCUGCGCGCCCGGCUGAAGACGCUGACCAGCGAGCUGGCAUUGUACAAGAGGGGGAGGCGGACUCCGCCGGUGCAGCCGCCCCCGGCGCGGGAGGACCGGGCCUCAUCGUCCCGGGAGCGCUCCACGUCGCGAGGCCGCGGCGCCGCGCGCUCCUCAUCCCGGGAGAGUGGCCGCGGGAGCCGGGGUCGGGGCCGCCCUGCGCUCCCCUCGCCCUCGCCCACAGGUGGUCGCGCGCUCCGCUUCGACCCCACGGCCUUUGUGAAAGCCAAGGAAAGGAAGCAGAGAGAGAUCCAGAUGAAGCAGCAGCAGCGGAACCGAUUAGGCAGUGGGGGAAGCGGGGACGGUCCGUCUGUCUCCUGGUCUCGCCAGACCCGGCCCCCUGCUGCCGUGACUGGCCGAGGGGACGCCCCUAACCGCUCCCGAAACCGCAGCUCCUCAGUGGACAGUUUCCGCAGCCGCUGCUCGUCUGCUAGCUCCUGCAGCGAUUUGGAGGAUUUCUCUGAGUCGCUCUCCAGAGGGGGUCGCCGCCGCCGUGGGAAGCCUCCCAGCCCAACGCCCUGGAGUGGGUCCAAUAUGAAGUCUACCCCCGAGGAACACAGCCACCAUCAGAAAUCUCUGGCCAACUCCGGGGGCUGGGUCCCCAUCAAAGAGUACAGCUCGGACCACCAGGCGGCUGACAUGGCCGAAAUAGACGCACGCCUGAAGGCCUUGCAGGAGUACAUGAACCGACUGGACAUGCGGUCAUGACGUGGAGAAGGGGUACUGCCCCUCCAUCCCCCACCCACUUGCUGGGUAUGGUGUGGGGGUUGGGGCCAGGGUGGCCUCUAGCCCUGUCCAGGCUCUGCCCUGGCCCAGCCCCUCCUGCUGCCCCUGGGGUCUCAGGUGUGUGAGGCCCUGACCUGCCCUCUCCCCAGGCAGUGCAUGCUGGGAGGGGGGAUGUGUGCAUUUUGUAAAUAAACAUAUUUGCCUUGGGGA